UCCAUAUCGAGACACCUUGGGAACUAUUCCAUAUAUAUUAUGAUGGCGUUGAUGAUCAGCAUGUGUGUUGUUCUCCUUCUCGAGUCUUGUAGAGCGCAAGGCGUCGCUCCCCGUAUUGGCUCUGUUGCUGUUGAAAGUCUUCCUCAAGUUAUUUUUGGUGCUUCUGUUGAGAGACCAGGAUUUUUUAAUCGUGGGUUAUCUACAAAUGAAGAUUCACCGGGAAGUUUCCCUGGUGCGCUCCUCGUGCCUUUCAGUGAUAACACCUUCGGAGAUUUCUCAAAUCUCGGUCGUGGGUCUCUCGCUAAUCCUGAUUUAGGAAGGAUAAUUAAUCCAUUUAUCAAUAACUUUGGCAGAGGUCCUGUGAACUCCCUCGGCAGCACUGGGGACUUCUUCGGCAAUUCGUUUGGUGGUGUUCCACCAUUUGGCUUCAAUGACCUCUCAAACAAUCUUGGUGGCCCUCUGAAUGGAUUUAGUGAUCCUUUAGGUGCCUUAGACAACUCAUUUGGAAUUCCUAUUGUCAUUGGGUCUUUUCCCAAUUUCGGUAUUAGUGGCCAAAUCAUUCCGCUUGUUAACGAUUUCGGCAAUGGUCAAUUACCGGGCGGAUUCGUUCCUUCAAACGGUCUAGGUGGCUUCUUAGGUCGAGUUCCUGGAUCUAUAAAUACCCUUGGCAGCACUUUCAGUAACUCUCUUGGCAGUGAGUUUCUACCCAUUACUGGGGCAACUGGUUCUGUGAAUCCAUUCAUCAGUAACAUCGGUAGUGGUCUUGCUCUCUUCUUCGACGGCAAUGAUAAUACUUUCCAUACUUCUUCUGGUGUCAACAGUCGUGCACCUGGGAGGUUCUAGAACUGUUGUACGUGGCUCUAAUGACUAUAGAAAAGCCUAUGCCUUUUAUAUCUCAAUCAGCAGUUUAAAUGUUUCUAUCGGUGUCCCUGGUACUUGAAGGUAGUGUUGUACUCAUAAUUUAGGUAACCACUUCCGGAGCGUUCCUAGUGCCGUCGGCGUUGGUGUAACCUUCACAGGUGGUGUAUUAAACUGCAGUGGAUACAGAAGACUUGUUGGUAGUCUUGACAGAUACCUUGAUGUCCCUGGAAGACACUAAUCUACCAACCUUCAUUGCUGGAAAUGAUUAUGAAUGAUGAACCCCCAAACCAUUCUUCAUAUAAUGAAGAUCAAUACACAAUAAAAUUCAUCAGAUAAUAGCUACAACAUAUUUA